GCGAUUCGAGAUCGCAAGCACAUCAUCCCGACCAAACCUUGCCAAACCCUGCCAAAGCCGUCGAACUCCGUAAAGCUAUUUCUUAAGAUUUAAAACAAACCGUAUACCUCCCACCGGUAGCGCACUACACACCAGACGAUACGCCCGCUCAAUCCUCUCCAAAGCAUAAAACAUCCGCCGCAAACAUGUCGGUCAACCACAUAUCGAGCCCCGCCGAGUUCCAGUCGCUCCUGGACAAGACAAUGUACGUCGUCACAGACUUCUACGCCGACUGGUGCGGCCCCUGCAAGGCGAUAGCCCCCAUGUACGAGCAGUUCGCCAAGGCUUCGACGGUUCCCGGGUACCUCGCCUUCGCCAAGGUCAACGUAGACAAAGUCCAGCAGGUCGCCGUGCAGUACGGCGUCAGUGCCAUGCCCACUUUUAUGUUCUUCAAAAACGGCAAGCAGGUCGCUGUCAACGGGCAGUCGCUGAUACGCGGCGCCGACGUCAACAGCCUGAAGGCCGCCACCGAGAAGCUCGACAAGCUGGCUAGGCAAAAGCAGGCUGAUGGGGUCAAGGUCGGGGAGUAAGAGAUGGGAUAGAGAGCAGCGGCGAGGCUUGGCCUGCGUGUUGGUUGGCUAGCCUGCGACCACUGCGAGCCAACAAUACAGCCGACAUAGCUGAAUAGAGCCGUGGUCACGGAACCCGACGCAGGCAAUAAACAAACGACGAGUGUUGCGUGGAGGAAUAAGGCAGCAGGCCCAAUAAUUGGAUACGUUGCGCCAGGUUGCUGUCCUUCGCGUCGUCCUGAGACCCAGGGCGCGUGGAUAGAGGAGGACUAUGUGGUGGAUAUGUCGAAGCAUGAGCGAUUUCAAGGCAUAGCGGCUAGUGUGAUUGCGAAUUUGAUACCAACCCCUGUGGCCUGGCAAGAAGCCGGGUCAUGUGGCAGUCCAAGACCUUAUUUGACUCCUUCGACGUCGGAACACACAAGAGCCCUGUACCCAGAUCACGAAUUCAGUGCCCACAGAGGGCCUGUCGCCGAGGCCACGGCAGAAAUAUUCAUGCCGGCGUGUCAAGGACCGCACAAAAACCUACUCAAGGGCUAGGCUCAAAGCGCGACGCGACACAUUGUCCCAACAAACCCAACAGUCGUGGUUCUGACACUGUGAGCAUCUCGUAUGGAUGCUAGCCAGCUCAUUUAAUCACUCCAGAGCUCUUCAAAAACCGAGGCUCAUUGCCCGUCUUAGAACGACAGGGAAAGCCGAUUUGAUGCAACGAUGUCAAGGCAUAUUGGUAUGGUGUAUUUUCACAUGUGUAAGAUUAUGGGGGAAAAAAGAAGAAAAAGGAGAGAGGGGGGGAUAGAGAGAGGGAUAA